ACCAAACUUCCGUUUUAAAGCGUGACCACUUCUGGUGUUCUCGACCCCACGCUCACGCGUUUUUUUCUUGGGGGGGGAUAUAGUUAAUCCAAUAUUGUGGUUUAAAUUAAGCCUAAAGAUGCGACCACUAACUGAGGAAGAGACGAAAACAUUAUUUGAGAAGUUGUCCAAAUACAUUGGUGAAAACAUUAAGCUCCUUGUGGACAGACCGGACGGCACAUUCUGCUUCAGGCUUCAUAAUGAUCGCGUAUAUUACAUGAGCGAGAGGAUCCUUAAACUAUCCACAAAUAUUUCCCGGGCAAAACUGGUGUCAGUAGGAACUUGUUUUGGGAAGUUUACAAAAGCAAAGAAGUUUCGGCUACACAUCACCGCUUUGGAUUUUCUGGCACCUUAUGCAAAGUUCAAGGUGUGGGUGAAACCCGGAGCAGAGCAGUCUUUCCUCUACGGGAACCACAUCCUGAAAUCCGGCUUGGGGAGGAUCACAGAGAACACAAUGCAGUACCAGGGCGUGGUGGUCUACUCCAUGGCGGAUGUGCCUCUGGGUUUUGGGGUGGCAGCCAAGACUACGCAGGAGUGUAGACGAGUGGACCCCAUGUCGAUUGUUGUGUUCCACCAGGCUGAUGUGGGAGAGUUCAUUCGGAAUGAAGACACUUUAACUUAAAUCCAGAUUAAUUCAAAUCACUGGAUCUUCGCUUCACUCAGUGCAGCUGCUGUUUUGAUGGUUGCUACAUUGCCCUGUUCAAAGGCAGGAUUUUUUUGUUUUCCAUACCUGACAUUCUUUGUAAUAAACCAUUGUGUUCAUAUAUUUGAUUUUUAAAACAAGCUUACAAAAUUAACCCUGAACAUUUGAGGUACAGUAUAAAUACUGUAUUAGGCAUUUCUGUCACAAUAAAUCUAAAUACAAACAAAUUCAACAAUUU